AUGCCGAUAGCCACCUCGCCGGUCCGUCAGCCCAGCGGUAUCACAAAAUUCACAAACUGCCGUCUCGUCAAGGGGGAUGAGAUCAUCUACGAGGACCUGUGGUUCAGCUCCGUCACCGGCAAGGUCCUUCACAGCCAAGAAAUCUUCUACGAGCACCAGCUCGUCCCCGACCAUGUCAUCGACCUGGGUGGCCGCAUAGUGUCGCCAGGCUUUCUCGACGUGCAGCUCAACGGCGGCUUCGGUUUCGACUUCUCGGUCGUGCCUGACGAUGUUUCGCUGUACGCAAAGGGCGUCCUGCGCGUCAACAAGAGCCUCAUCACCACCGGCGUGACCUCGUACCUGCCGACGUUGACCAGCCAGAAGGCCGAGGUCUACCAGAAGGCAUUGCCGUAUCUCGGCCCCUCCGGCCUCCGCAGAAAUGCUGGGGACGGUGCGGAGUCCCUGGGCGCUCACUGCGAAGGACCCUUCAUGAGCCCCACCAAGAACGGAAUCCACAACGUUGCGGUUCUCCGCACGGCGCCCAACGGGAUGGCCGACCUUGAAGACUGCUACGGAGCCGAGAACAUGGAACCCGAGUACAGUCCCAUCAGGAUGAUCACUCUCGCCCCCGAGCUUCCAGGAACGCUGUCUUGCAUCCCGGAGCUGAAGGCCCGUGGCAUCGGUGUCUCUAUUGGUCACUCAGAAGCCACCUUCGAGGAAGCCACUGCCGCCAUGGACGCCGGUGCGAAGAUGAUCACUCACUUGUUCAACGCGAUGAGGCCGCUGCACCACCGCAACCCCGGCAUCUUUGGCCUGCUCGGCACCGCUGCGCCGUCGUCGCAGAAGCCCUUCUUUGGCCUCAUUGCUGACGGCAUUCACCUGCAUUCGACCACUGUCAAGAUCGCAUGGCACGCCCAUCCUGACGGAAUGGUUCUCGUCACGGAUGCGAUGGCACUUGCAGGUCUUGCGGAUGGGAUAUACGAAUGGACCAACGGCUCACGCAUUGUGAAGCGCGGCGCCGUUCUCACGCAGGAGGAGACGGGUAGGAUUGCCGGUAGCGCUGUGUCACUCAUCGAGUGCGUCAACAACUUCCUAAACUGGACCGGUGCCACCGUUCCACAGGCUCUCAAGGCUGUUACCGACACACCAGCCCGCAUGGUCGGCCUCCAAGGCUUGAAGGGCUCGCUUCAACCUGGUGCUGAUGCAGAUCUUGUCGUGUUGGACGAAGAAUUCGAUGGUAACGGCGGCCGUAAGCUGCGCGUUGACCAAGUCUGGAAGUUUGGUGAGCCUGUCUUCAAUGCUUUGAAGAUGGCACAGUUUUAA